AUGGAUAGAAAUCUACCUGGAAAUCAUAAAUUUUGGUUAAAUGAAGAUGCAGCAUGUUCAAAUGAUGGAAAAUUACAUGUUUUUGUUAAAUUAACUGAUUCAUGUAUGAAAACAAUUGAAACUUAUAUUAAAUUAAAUAAAAAACAAUAUUCAAAUAAUAAACCAAUUAUUAAAUUUAAUCCUAAUGGAGGAGAUAUAUCAAUUCCAACAACAAAUGGUGAAAGAAAAACAUAUUCAUUUAAUAUAUCACCUGAAGAUAAAACACCUGAAGUAUUUCAAUGUAUUAAACAAAUUAAUCGAGAUCAAAUUGAAAGUUGUGCUCUUAUUGAACAAAGACUUAAUAUUCAUGCACAAGAAGAUGUUUAUAGUAUGACCAAAACAAAAGUAACUGAAUUUCAAAGAAAUGAAGAACAAACAAAAAAACAAACCAAAGAAAUAGGUGAAAGUUCACAAACAAUUUUACAAAAAAAAACUCAUAAAUCAUCAAAUCAACGUCCAUCAUCAACAACAACAACAACAACAAAUACUCAGAAACAACAACAACAACAACAACAACAACAACAACAACAAAGAACAACAAAUAAUCGUGAUCAACUUCUUAGUCCAAAUACAAAUGCUAAUAAUCAAUUAUCUUCGGAAAGACCAUUAAGAGAACGUCUUGUUCAUUUAUUAGCGGCAAGAACAUAUAAAAAACCUGAUCUUCUUCUUCGAUUAAAACAUGAUGGUGGAAUACGUGAUGAUGAAAAAGAUCAAUUAGAUUCAUUAUUAUCAUCAAUAUCAACAUCAUCAAAAUCAGGAGAAUAUAUUAUUUUAAAAAAUAUCUUAACUAGUGGAGAAGUUAAUUAUGAUUGGUCGUUUUAUCCAAAAGGAGAAGCAUCAAUUGUUAGAAAAAAAAUAAAAGAACUUCAAGCUAAUGCAACGAGACCAACAAUUCCCAAAUCAACAAAUGAUAAUCCGAAUGUCUCGUCGGUAUCAAGUCGAUCAAGUGUAACAAAUGCAAAUGUAAAUUCGAAAUAUCCUAUUGUAAAUAAUGUUGAUCCAACAAAAUCAAAAUUAAAUCCAUCAUUAAUAAAUGCAAACAAUCGUUCAACAACAAAUGAUGAACGAACUCAAAAUGAACCCGAAGAUUUAAUAACAUCAACACAAAAUCCAUUAACUGAUGAACGAAUUCAACAAUUAUCGGAUAUGUUGGAUAAAAUCUCAAAUGCUUUAUCACAAUCAGAUAAAUCAAAUGAUUCAUUAAGAAAUGAAAUUGAAUCAACAAUAAAUGAAGAUGAUAUUGAUGAAGCUGAAAAAGAAUAUAAUCGUCUUGUUCCAGAAUAUAAUUCUUUAAUAGAUUAUCUUCAAACAGUUUCACAUAAAUUUACUUUACUUCAACAACAAUUUAAUGAAGAACAGACAAAUGAAAAAGCAUCAAAAAUAGUUGAUGAAUUUCUCAAAUGUGAAAAUAAUGAUGGAUUUAUAAAUAAACGACAACGUCUUUUAGAAUUACAUUAUAAACUAAAUAAUUUACAAAAAAUUUUACAAAAAACUUCUCCUUCUUCUGAGAAUUUUGAUAUAUCUGAUGAUAAUGAUGAUGAUGAUGUUGAUGAUGAUCAUCAUCAUGAUCAUGAUGAUGAACAAUAUUAA